AUGGAGGUGGCCGAGAGCAGAGAGCAUAGCUCCGUUGGUCCUGCGGGGCCAGAGUCUACCAUGACCAACGGAGAGCGAAAUCCCUUCUUGGAUGACCCGCUCAUGGAUGAUGGUCGAUCCAGUAGCUUAAGUGAGAUUGAUGAACUAUCCGACAAUGAGCCCUCCGACUUUGAAGAUUCGAUCAAACCAGAAAGACAGCUCGAGAACGACUCGGAGGCGGAAACCGAGCGCAUCGAGGACUCUCCCCACAAUAUUCGCAAGCGCGGUGACAUUGUUCUCAGUGCUGGUAGCGCCGGCCCAAGUCCAAGCAAGCUUCAUCAGUCCACUACCCUAGCUGACGUCGACGAUGAAGAGCAGCUGGUGGACGACUCACCAAGCAAACCGCGAUCCUCCCAUAACAACGGAUUAACUGAUGACAUUCCGGACCUGGAUGAUAUGGACCUCCCCGAUAGCACUGGCAAAAAGCGAAAACGCCUCGAAGCUGGCGAUGAUACUGGGACCGAACUCGGUGACGAAGAGCCUAUCAAGAAACGCCGAAGCUCAAUCAAAAGCGACUUGAGCGAUCCAAUUGACGACGAUAUGCCCCUCUCCCCGGAGCCCAUUGAAGACCCCAUCGCUACCAAUGACGACGAGUUGCCGGUCGACGACGUCCCCGAAUCCGAUCUUCCCGCUCCACCAGUUAAAGGCAAAAGAGGCAAAAGGGGUAAGCGCAGAGGAAGACGAGCCCUAGAUGCGGAUGAGGAGACCGAAGGUGGCGAUGCUGUGACUGAGGACGUCGCUGAUGAGAAUCUUGGGGAAGAAGAAGAGCCCACAGAACGCGAGGAAGUCAACAACGCCGAAACAGCGGCGAAACUCGAAGAAGAAUCCGCCAAGAAAAUGGCUGCUCUGGAAUCUUUAGCGACACUGGAAAAAGAAUUUGCAGCAUUGCGUGACAAGAUUUUUGACGAAAAAAUCACGACCCUCAACCGUGAGCAAGAAAUGCUCACUGGUCCAAACCCAACACACCCCGAGUAUCUGCGCCAGAUCGAAUGUGUGGAACGUUACCGCGAUUCCAAGAUCAACUACGAACGCACGCUGUUCCGUUUCCGCCAGCAGGCCCUGGUAAACAAGAGCUUGGCGGAGAGAGCGCAGGCGAACAGUACCUUCUUCCAGCGCAUUAGAGAUGCCCGGGAGAAACACUCAAGUGCUGUCAGCAAGCAGUUCUACGCUAUCCAACAUGAUCGCUUCAAGACGGAUGAAUUAAGCCCGCAUCACAUCAUCUCAUUCCCCACCCGUCGCUCCCAGCAGAUCGCGAAUCAGACCGCCUACAAUCAAGAGGUUUCUGUUAUGGCUGGUGUCGCAAAAUAUGUUGGAUUCCCAGCUGCUCCCACAUUAUUAGGCGCGCGCCCAUCGGAAUUGGAUGACGAUCUUGAAAAGAUGGGGAUAACCGUUGAAACCCGGGCCUCGGCCCCACGGCAUUCAUCGACAUUGCCUCCUCGGCCUGCCAUGUCGGCGAUGUCAUCCAACGUUUUCCCAACAGCAGCCGAAGAAGCCUUCUUGGAGCAAACGCCAUGGGCCAAUCCACAACAUCCGAUCCAUCAGCAACAGGCACAGCAUCAGUACUCUCAACAUCAUCGUCCUCAAGGCCGCGCCUUUGAGCAUCCACAAGCAUCAUCAUAUGCGACCCCGGCGGCUCAAAAACGGGUAGUGGAUAUUAAUGCGCCGAACGGAUCAGCAUCUACAAUCCCGGAGAAUGUCUCGGCUGCUAACUCCUCGGCCAAUAACACGCCUUACGGCACUGAGCAGGAAUCACGACACCAGCAGCACGGUCCUUUCCGCAAUCCGGAUUAUGACCUCGAGCGUAAAUCUGGCUUCCGAUCUCAAAGUUCGUCGCCACUGGAUGUGCGAAAAUCUCACCCCCACCCAGGCCAUGCUUUAGAGCGUCGCUCUCCCGUACCUGAUUCUUCCUCCCGCAAUCCUAUUUUCUCUCCACCUCCUGCUCGCCAAGGCUUGUUCCAACCCUCUGCCAGGCCAGAUAUCUCUCCGACCAUGACCUCCAAGACAAUCGACGCGCUACAUUAUCGUCCUCAGUCUGAGCUAUCAACAGGAUCUGGUCCAAGCCAUAUGCCUACCCGAUAA